UUGUGCAGCAGCCAUUUUGUCUGUUCGUGCAAGUCCACCCCGCACGGUCAAGAACUGACGUUCCCCCUUGGAAAACAUUUAAGAAAUAUCACACUUGAUACUUUUAUGUGUCCUCUAUGGAAGUGGAAACGGGCUGAAAAAAUACUUUAUUGAAUUCUACCUUCGUGAAUACUUUUUUUUGGCUCGUGUGUCUUGCUUUUGUUAAGUGAGCGUCAUUAAUCGGGGUAAUGUCGAGCGAGGAGAGUUAUUUAGCCAUCCAGCGCUAUUUGACCGAUGAACGUGAGCCUUACGCACCGGGAACGCACGGCAACACAAAGAGAAAGAUCCGCAAAGCAGCCGCAUGUUAUAUAGUGCGCAAUGGGAUUCUUUAUUAUCAGAGGCGGCAGAAAGGCCUGAAUGAAUUCACGGAGUUGGAAGUAGUGCUGCAGGCCGAGCGGCGGAAGGAACUGAUCACGGAGGCGCACAUCACGUCCGGAGGGGAACAUCUCAACCAGCAGCACACAUGGGAGAUCAUCUCUCAGAAAUACUGGUGGAGAGGUGUGCUAAAGCAGGUGAAGGAUUGCAUCAAGGAGUGCAGUCAUUGCCAAAGCAAGCAGGAGAGGGGCAGAGGCAAUUCUGAGAAUACCACGAAACAAGCAGCUGCCCGACAAGCGAGACGAAAGAUCUCUGUCGACGAUGAUGAUGAUGAUGAUGAUGAUGAUGAGGCAAAUGAUGAUUUGGAAGGGGAACUGUCCAGUGGAGGGGAUAAACACGAACUGGUAUUUGUGGACAGUAAAGGAAUUGUCAAGCAGUUUUUACCAAAGCACGGACAGACCAUGCUGGACAAGCUAAAUCAGCAGCGACUCAAUAACGAGUUCUGCGAUAUCACCCUGCUCAUUGAGGGCGAGGAGCAUCGUGCACAUAAAGCUGUCCUGGCCUCCUGCAGUGAAUACUUCUAUGAGCUCUUUGUGGAGAAGGGUGCUGUGGCCAGUCAUGAAGCUGUGGUUGAUCUCUCUGGCUUCAGCAAAGCCAGUUUUCUGCCGUUGCUGGAUUUUGCAUACACCUCCAAUCUGACCUUCAACUUUUGUGGGAUGGCGGAGGUGGCCACACUGGCACGGCACCUAUUGAUGGCUGAAGUGCUUCAGAUCUGUGAGUCUGUUCACAAGAAAGUGGAGGCGCAAAAGCUUAUGGUAUACCAGAGAGGAGAAGCCCACACUGUGGUGGCCAAUCAGGCGCCUCAGCCCCAUCAGCCAAUCACGUCCACUAAUUCGGAAACAUACGUGGUAAGUUUGCAGAGUGAUGGCCAGGCUUUUACCCACACUGGGCCACCUGAGGCAGGACAGUCUCUGGCUGUAAUCACAAGUGAAGAUGGGACAGCCGAAUCGCUGGCAUUGCUCGCUGGUGCAACCAUAGAUGGAGAGACAAUGACUGUGGUUACUCACAGUGGACAGGCUGGCUCUGCUGAGUCUCUUGCUAUGGUGGCCCACAGUGGCCAGGCAGAGGCAGAUGAGACCAUGACUUUGGUCACUCACUCUGGGCAGGCAGGCUCAGGAGAGUCCCUAGCUGUAGUUCAGGCCUGUUGGUCUGUGGAGGAACCACAGGUUGGUUACACUCCUAUUGUAGAGAGCAUGCAACCAGGAGCCUUUCUCAUUAGUGUGGAUCCUGGUGAAGCAGACUCUUCUGAGGUAGUGCAUUUAGCCGCAGCAGCGUCAACUGCUGUUCAGGCUGAGCCUCAGGCUGCAGAGCCCACACAUCAACCUGAGUCAGUUGCACCACCACAGCCAGCCCCUGCACCACUCAAACGGAGGCCAGGAAGACCACCUAAAGUGAAACAACAUGAACCUCUUCUGCCCCCUCCAGAGGUGGAACCUGUGGAAAUAGAGGGGGAAGAGGAUGGAUCUGCUGCAUAUGAAGAGAAAAAAGAGGAGCUGGAAAGCAUUGAUCCCAACAGGAGGUACCUGAGAAAACGAUCUAUGAAGGAAGGAGGGUAUAUUCGUCUUCACAUGGGACUUGAGACUGAGGAGGAAGAGAACAGCACCUCACCCCCUAUGAAGAUACCUCAAAAGGUUGCCAGGAGAGGUCGAAUGGUUCUGUCUGUGAAGAAGACUCCAGGUGAGUUUUCAGAGACAAACAUGGACUCUUCUCCUGAUGGAGAAGCAACUGGAGCAGAGGAGCCGGAGUCUGGUGCAACCAACCCAGAGUCUAUUAAGGAGGGGACACUGCAGGGAGACGCAGGAGGAGCAGUGGAGGAAGAGCACACGUGUAAUGAGUGUGGCAUGGUGUUCCAGAGACGGUAUGCCCUCAUUAUGCACGCUCUGAAACACGAGAAGGCUCGCAGCUUCAAGUGCAGUAUUUGCAAUAAGGAGUUCCAGUAUGCAGCCUCGCUCCGUGCGCAUUUGGCUCGGCACAAGCAUCAGAAUACACAAAGAGCCAGUAUGACACGAGCCACAGAAGAUUCUCCGGGAUCAGAAGAUCAGGCAAAGUACCGCACCAAGCGGGAGUUUGUGUGCGACAUUUGUGGCAAGACACUGCCCAAGCUGUACUCCCUUCGCAUUCAUAUGCUGAGCCACACAGGCGUAAGGCCGCACUCCUGCAAGGUUUGUGGGAAGAGCUUUGCCACCAAGCACAACCUGAAGAUGCACCGGCUGCUGCACGACACCCUUAAGAGAUUUCAGUGCACUGUCUGUGAAAAGUCUUUUGUCACCAAGAGAAGCCUGGAGGAGCAUACAAGCAUUCAUACAGGUGAAUCAAAGUACUUAUGCACAACCUGUGGAGCGUCCUUUCACCGUGCAUCUGGACUGAGCAAACACCUCAAGAAACAUCUACCCAAACCUGAAGUUCGCUCAUUCCACUGUACUCACUGUGAUAAGAGUUUCUUUGAAGCGAAAGACCUGCAGCAGCACAUGAAUAAGCAUUUAGGACUGAAGCCUUUCCAGUGCCAGGUCUGUGGGAAAUGCUACAGCUGGAAGAAAGACUGGUACUCCCACGUCAAAUCGCACACUGUUGCAGAGCCCUUCAGGUGUAAUGUGUGUGGGAAGGAGUUCUUUGAAAAGGCCCUGUUCAGACGGCAUGUCAAGAAAGCCACUCAUGGAAAGAAGGGCAGAAUAAAGCAGAACUUGGAGAGGGAGUGUGAACACUGUGGGAGGAAGUUCACACAGCUCAGAGAGUACCGCCGGCACAUUAACAAUCACCAGGGAGUGAAGCCCUUUGAGUGUCUGACCUGUGGAGUGGCAUGGGCUGAUGCCCGUUCACUGAAGCGCCAUGUUCGCACUCACACAGGCGAGCGCCCUUACGUCUGCCCAUUGUGCCAGGAGGCCCACAUAGAUGCCCGAACACUGCGGAAGCACAUCACCAAGUUCCAUGGUGACCAGUUGCCUGGCAAGAUCAUGCUAGAGAAAGACACACUGCAGUUCCAUAAUCAAGGAACGCAGGUGGAGCAUGCCGUCAGCAUCCUCAAUCCAGAACUGCCACCUGAGCUCCAACCUCCACAGCCUCCCCACACAGAGGAAAUAGAGACCGUGCUCAUCACUGAAGAAACCGUGGAGGCCGUGCAGGCUGUGAGCGAUGCCAAUGUGACCACAUUGUCAGAUCAGAGUAUUAUGCAGGUGGUGAAUUACGUCUUGGCACAGCAGGCUGUAGUCAAGGUGGAUGAUGGACCAGAGAUCAUCCAGACCAUGGAAGUGGAGGUGGCCCAUGUGGCAGAGGUGGAGUGAAACAUCAGUGCACAGAUGUGGGUGGAUGGAGGUUUUGUGGAUUGGCUUUUUAGCCUCUGAUGGUGACUGCAUCAUGCCCAAUUGAUGCUGACCUGGCAGUAAAAAUAAUAUGACUGGAAAUAAGGGCAGGCUUAUUCUUUUUUUGUUGUGUCAUGUGCACACUAUGAAAUGUAUAAAAGUGCUCAUUUAUCUUUGUUGUAAAAUGUCAUUUAAAUUUCACUCAAAGGACUCUUGAGUUUGUUGGCAUCACCCUCCUCAGCUUGAGUGUAAGAGAGUGUGUGUGUGUGUGUGUGUGUGCGCAUGUGCAUCUGCACAUGAUGUGAAUGCAUGAAAGUGCUUGACUUGCAUUAUGGUAAACUUGUGUGUACAUGUGUUCAUAAACAGGAAUAAUUUGCAUUGUAAUAGUCACAAUCUAUCAUACAACAAACAGUUAAAAUCCAAUGUAAACAUUUGGCUUUUUGUAACCAGUUUAAGUUUUCUGUGCAUAAAGGCUGAGUGUGAUUUUCUUUUUUCCCCUUUGCAAAGCUGAAAUAUAGGCUCCUACAGGCUUAACAACGGAGUUAUAGGCUAUUUUUCUGUAGUCUAGUGUGGUACCUCUUAAGUCCCAAGUGAGUACUAUAGCAGCAGAAAUGACAACCAAAUAAAAAGAAAACUCCCUGUCAGCAGGGAUGCACCAUGUGCUA